AUGAUGCUGCGCUCGGGUAAGAUCACGCCCCGGGUGAAGAAGCCCUUCAGCCCCAGGGAGACCACUGGCGACGUGGAGGAUCUGGGACCCCCAGCUCAGAAGGCGAGUGCCCCCAGAGGGGGGAAGAGCCGGUGGAGAGGCUGGCAAGAGGACGGCCCUACAGAGCCCGUAUCCCCACUGAUGGGAAGGGCCAUGAAGGUGCAUUUCGAACAGUGUCCAUCCAGCCCAGCAAGCAAGGCGGCUUCCCUCCAGAUCCCACCCCUGGGCGUCGUCUGCUUCUCUCCCCUGGGCGCGGAGGAGCCAGAGAGCCCCCUGGUGCAGAGAGGGAAGCCCAGAGCUCAGCCCACGGGGGGAGUUGUGUACUUCGGGGACCUCCCGCGGGAUGAGCCAGAGGAAAGCGGUAUCUUGAGCCCCUUCGUCCACAAGACCCUGCCCCCCAGGUCCAGCCAGAAGCCCCCCAGGAAAGAAACCCCCAUCAAGACCCGCAGCACCCCUGAGAGCACCCUGGUCCUGGAGCUGGAGGGGAUCCUGGUCUGUUGCUCCCUGACAUCCAGCCAGGACGCCGACUGCACCUUCCUCACAGACUUCCAGGGGGACGCUUAUCGGGUUUAUAUGAAGCUGCGCCCCCACGUGCAGGAGUUCCUGGAAACCCUCUCCAAAGCCUACGAGAUCUUUGUCUUCACCACCGCGAAGCAGGACUACACAGAGAAGAUCCUGGAUGUCUUGGACCCUCAGAAGAAGCUGAUCAGGCACCGCCUCUAUCAACAGGACUGCCUCUGCGAGCAGGGUUACUAUGUGAAGGACCUCUCCAUCCUGGAGAGAGACCUGGCCAGGACAGUGGCCCUGGAUGAUUCCCUCCAAGGAUUCCCUUACCAGAUUUCCAACUGGGUCCCGAUCCCCGGCUGGCUGGGAGACCGCCAGGAUGAGGAGUUGCUGCGCGUCCUCCCGCUGCUGGGGAAGCUCAGCCAAGCGGGUGACGUCCGCACUGAAAUCCGGAGGAAAUACCGUCUCUGCAGGCUACUGGCUGUGGAUUGA